CACACUAACUAGCCCUCUCCAUGGAAACUAUUCCUCUGGAGUUAACGGGAUGAAACACACUGGAAAGCGCUGGAUGACGCAACUGAAACUCAGGAAGUGACCUAAGUUUUAACUAUGAGCUCAAUAGAAAACAAAAACAAUGUGUUUUCUGUAUUUCAUGCUAAAGCACUGGGACUUGCAUGAACGCUUGCAUAGGCCUACGCCUCCUGCAGGAGAUGAGUUUGCAGAGCUGAUUAGGUUAAAUAGUUAGAUAAGCCUGUUCCAGUGACACAGACAGCGAGGAUCAAAGUCUACAGGUAGCCUACCUCAGUGCCUUCACCAAUAGUCUAUUAGCAGCAAAGAGAAAUACCUUUGCAUACUGCUGCAUCACCAGUGGACACUCUUUGCAUAUAUCCUGUCUCUCUCUGCCUGUCUCUCUGUUACAGGCUGUUGUAGCUGAAGGAAGGAGGGAGGGUGAACUCACGGCAGUAGAUCUUGAUUACAACAAGGCUUUGGCUAAGCGGUGCUGUCUGUCUCCAUGUGGAUUUCUGCCAGAAAGAGAGAGAAAAGUUGUGAACGAGCUGCUUCAGUUGUCUGGUUGACACUUUAGAUUUAUACCAGGGGUUUACAGUUUGAAUGACAGCGAGCAGGGCGGGAUUGGUUCCUCUUUGCUUCUGGCUUAAUUGCCAGUUCUGUAUACGGCUCUUUCUGCUCGGUACAUGGCGACAUUUCUGAGCGUGAUUCACCACUGCCAAUGAGCGCAAGUCGCAGCUUGUGUGAAGAUUCAUCCUCAUCAGAAGCAGCACCAGAAGAAUAGGUCCUUUUAAGGAACUGACAGACAGCGGACAAAGUUGGAUUGUUGUUGCGCGGAGGAGUGCGUGGUUUUCUUCAUUUUUCCUGUUUGCUAAGUUUUAUUUUCACCAGAGGAAGUUAUGACUUCGGUAUGGAAAAGACUGCAGCGUGUUGGUAAAAAGGCUUCAAAGUUUCAGUUUGUUGCCUCUUACCAGGAACUCGUGUUGGAGUGUACAAAGAAAUGGCAACCAGACAAGCUAAGGGUGGUGUGGACCAGGAGGAACAGACGCAUGUGCUCCAAGCUCCACAGUUGGCAGCCUGGAAUCAAGAACCCCUACAGGGGCAUGGUGGUGUGGCCUGUCCCAGAAAACAUCGACAUCUCUGUUACACUCUUCAAGGAGGUCAAUGCUGAUGAGUUUGAGGACAAAGAAUGGACUUUUGUCAUUGAGGGUGAGAACAAGGGGCAUCGUAAGGUGCUGGCAUCGGCAGACAUCAACCUGAAGCGGUUUGCCAGUCAGACUCCGACCCAGACUGACCUGACGCUGAAACUGAAGCCGCUGUCCGUCAAAGUGGUGGAGGCCACGCUCAAGCUGUCGCUGUCCUGUGUCUUCGUCCGAGAGGGGAAAGCCACUGACGAAGACAUGCAGAGUCUGGCCAGCCUGAUGAGCGUCAAACCCACAGACAUCGGCAACCUGGACGACUUCAAUGAAAGCGAUGAAGAUGAGGACAAGAAGUCUGUCACUGCUACAGUCGUUCCACACACUCUAACUCGCCCAAAUCGCCCUGCUCCCCCUCCACCUGACAAGCGAGACUUCACUGGAUCCACUUUUCCAGCCUCAGCCUGUGGGCGAGAUGGCGGUCCUCCCAGUCCUGCAGUCCACUCCCGCCCUCCUCUACCAAUCGCUCCUCGCCCCUCGCCCCGUCGCAGCCGGCACCCCUUCGCCACCAAACCCGUCCAGUCAGAACUCCAACCUUCCCCUGGCCCCUCCCCUCAGCCUUCACCCAGAUCCAAGCAUAAAAAAACAUCCAACCCUCUUCUUCCUGAGGCUCUUGCUUCUUCUGACCCACUACUUAAUACUCCAAGCUCCCAGCUCCCAGCAACUACUCCCUCAAUCCAGAGUGCCUCCUCUGUCCUGCCUCUCUCUGAUGUGUCUCCUGUAAAUCCUCCAUCCCCCAAAUCCUCCGAAGCACCCAUAAUCACGCCUUCUUCCCAAAACAUUUCCUCUUCCCUUCAUUCUCCAUCUCCCAAAUGCUCUGAAUCUGUGCCUACUUUACCUGCUGCCUCAGUGGAGCCUUCUUUAGCAGUGCCCUCUGUCACCCUGAAUUAUCCUUCAAAUACCCCCUCUAAACUGCCCUUUAAGCCACCCAGUGCCUCUGAAACAGGCAUUACCUCAUUAACUCCCAAAUUUCCCUCCCCUGUAUUGUCAUUACCCAAGAAUAUCAUAAUAUCAUCCUCCACGGCUCCCCAAAAGUCUUCUCUCACUGAAUCCACCACUCACACCCAUAAGACCACAUCUACUGACUCCCAGCCUCUUCCACCUAAAUCCUCCUCUUCCUCAAAGCCCUCCCUGUCCUCUGAGCCUCCAUCUGCUUACCCUCCACUCACCCGGAGCGUCUCUCAGCCUCCCUCUCUGCCCAGAAUCUUCCAGUCAGGCUCAGGAAAAGUUUCUGUGUCACAUCAACGGCGCCCCCCGGAGGUUCAAACUGCUGAUGAUCCUACUUUAGCCUCUGGCCAUGCUCACAUGUUCAGACCUCAGAUUGUCAAGUCAAUCGCCCGUCCCUCCUCUCCCUCUCCUUUUUCCGCUGAUGCCCCUCCUCUUCCUAAAUCUCACCCCUCUAUCUCAGAGUCAGGUGCUCAGUGGGUGUGGUUGACAUCUGGUAGUGACAUUACCCCUAUCCCUCUGCUGAGUAGUCCCGAUCUUGAUGCCCUCUGUGACCCCGCGGCUCCAGCCCUUACUGCCUCUCUUCCACGAUCCUCACCUACUCGCUCCUCUUCUCUUUCCACCUCUGUUUUGUUCUCCUCUCCUAACCCUCAGCUCACUGUCUCUCCUUCUGCUCCUCCCGCUCCGAUCAGCUGCUGUCAGUCAGGCUCAACGUUCCCCCAAGUAGACAAGGAAACAACUUUGAGCCCUUCGAGCAGAGGCGAGGGUUAUCCUCAAAAUAACCGGGCAGUGGCCAACAUCAGAGUAUCCAACCAGCCAAUCAGACCAGCCCAGGAUUCAAAGGCGGCCAUCUCCGAAAACAAACCUGAACCAGCAAGGAUCAGAACCAGCGUUACAUCUGAGCAGCUGCCCUCACAAGUUUCCAGCCAAACACAAGACAGAGAGACAACUCUUCAAUCAGUUAAUAAACCAAGCUCUGCCUCCAAUGAGCGUCUGGGGCAACCCUCUCUCUUAAAGGAAGGUUCAAGGUCAAACAUUGUUGUCCUAGAAAAGAAAAUAUCUGCCACAUGUACUCAACCUGGCAUCCGUUCAGGCCCUACUGUUCAGGAUAAACCAUUCACAUUAGAGGUCUUGACCCGGGUGCCAUCGCCACAGAGGCUUUCUGAUGCAGAGGUUCCUCUAUGGAAAGCGCUAGAAGGGAGAAGUGGGAAAGAUACACCUGAAAAUAUCUCUGCCAAGGAGGGUACAAAACCUUUGUGCAGAGGCUCACACAGAGAAGAUGCUUUUGAUGUGGGCACCCCUGUCAGGCAGGAGAACCAGACACUAGAGACAAAAGACUCAGAAACACAUCACAUAGUCCCACCUCCUGCUGAACCCGCCGCACCACCAGUUAAAGAGGAGCCCAAAGAGCCAGAGGGACCCAGUGUGGAACCAGAAACCUCACCGGAGGUUUCCCCCAAACCAGCUGUCGAGCGCACGGCUCUGGCGCUGGAGCCGCUGCUUCCCUCAAAACCAGAACCAGGACUGCGGCCGGAACAGCCAGUUCUCCAGCCAUUGGGAAAACCACAACAGGAGGGAGCAGAUGAGGAGAAACCAGCCGAGAUCGUGGCUGGUGAUCAGGAAACUUUCAUCAACAAUAAGGAGCCAGUGUGCGAGGCAGAAAAGCAGCUGUGGGCGACGGUGGAGGAGACCACAGUGGAGACAGGAGAGGAAAGAGGGAUGGAAAGUAGUGAGAGCACUGAAGAGAAGGAUGAGAAGCAGGAGGAGGGUGGUGUAGGGGGCCCAGGCCACCCGUCCCUUGCUGGUACCCAGAUGCCCUCCUCACUCCCUUCCCGUGGACAAACCUUUAACCAGAGCUCUGCUGCCAGUCAGCCAAAUGAACCUAAACACUCUCUAACCAGUCUGGCAGACCAUCCUCAUCCUAAACCUCCCUCAGGGUCUAAGCAGGAGGAAGAAAUCAGACAGGCAACUAGAGCAAAACCUGCUCCCCAAUAUAGUGGAGCACAAAAUCAGCCAAUGAAAGGACAUAGAGAUGAUGUUAUCACACAAGCUAGUCACAGCAUGGAGGUAGCAGCCAAUGAGGAGGGAGAAGUUGUUCAAUCGUCUGUGGUGCCUUGGCCCCUUCCUCUGAGCUCAAACACUGCCAGCAUGCACAGAUACACCGAGAUACACACAGACACGAACAUCAAUAAGAUGAACAAUGACACAAACAUGGGCAAAAUAGCUACAGAGUCACACAAGAGUCUUGAAACGAGGGAUGAUAAAGACACGAGUCACCCCAGUUUAAACAACGCCACACACGCCACAAAGAGUGACAGUCCACAAAGUGACACACAAACACACACCGCUGAUAUCAACCAUCUCACCAAAGCCCAACAGCUCCAAGAGGAGGAGAGGUUGUUAUUGGCUAAAAUUCAUCUGAUGGCAGGUGACACAUCCCCCGUCUCUGGCCCUCGCAGUAUGAAGCUCCUCAUCCCCGACCCCCGUGAUAUUGACUGUGACACAGCAGAGCUUGUUGAUCACAGUCAGCACUUGAUACCCUGCUGUGAUAGCCUGCAGGAAAUAUCACUAACCGAGGCAGAAGAGCCACAGGCCAUUAAGCCUGGGCAAAAUAAAGAAGGAGAGGAGGAUGUGCUAAAAGGCCAUGCGGCCGACGUCCCUGAUGGUGGAGAGAAUAAACCGGCAUCACAGCUUGGAGACACCUCCAGCACACACACCAGUGAAAAAACACACAUCACUCCUCCCCACCACUGUGAGAUAACCACAUCUCGACUUCCUACUUUACCAGAAGAAGAAACCACUGACCUGAAGCCCCCCCAUACGGCUCCAAUGGUCAGAGAGGAGGCAGACGGGAAAGACAGUGCAGCUGAGGGCCUGGUGAACUCCAGCCAGUCGCUGCUGCAGUGGUGUCAGGACAUCACCAACGGGUACCGGGGGGUAAAGGUCACCAACUUCAGCACGUCGUGGAGAAAUGGCCUUGCUUUCUGUGCUAUCCUACAUCACUUUCAUCCAGACAAAAUAGAUUUUGACAAAUUGGACUCUCAUGACAUCAAGCUCAACAACAAGAAGGCGUUUGACAGUUUUGAGGCGCUGGGCAUCUCUCGCCUGUUGGAGCCAUCCGACAUGGUUCUUCUGUCCGUCCCUGACAGGCUCAUAGUCAUGACCUACCUCAGCCAGAUCCGCUCACACUUCACUAACCAGGAGCUGAGCGUGCUGCAGAUAGAGCACAACAGCAGUCAGUCCAGCUACGGCCUCACCCUCUCUGGUCCCGGUCCCACUGAUGUCGACGCUGCCGCUUUCUGCAUGGCCAGACUGAACGAAGGAGUGAACCUAGAGGAAGGAGGGAGCAGCACGUUGGUCGUCGCGCCACCGAGGACCAAACGACUGCUUAAAGUGGACGAGUCAAUAAACCCAGUCCCAGCCCCAAGGUCCGUUAACAAAACAGUCAAAUCUGGACUUGCUCAGGAUGAAGACCCAAAGACAGGAAUCACUAAUAAUACAGAGUUGCAGAGUGCAGCUAAGACCCAGCCUCCCAAACAAGAAGAGGAAACAAUGGACACCAGCCAGUAUGUGCUGAGUGAGCUGGCAGCGUUGGAGACAGAGCAGAAGCACAUCGACAGCAGAGCCGCUGUGGUGGAGAGAAGACUGCGGAGCCUCAUGGAAACAGGAAGCGACCGUGAUGAAGAGGAGAGACUGAUUCAGGAGUGGUUCACUCUGGUGAACAAGAAGAACGCUCUGAUACGCAGACAGGACAACCUGGAGCUACUACAAGAGGAGCAGGAUCUGGAGAGGAGGUUUGAGCUUCUGAACAGGGAACUACGGGUCAUGAUGGCUAUAGAAGACUGGCAGAAGUCGUCCACUCAGCAGCAGAGGGAGCAGCUGCUCCUCCAAGAGCUGGUGUCUUUGGUCAACCAGCGGGACGAGAUCAUCAGAGACAUCGAUGCCAAGGAGAGAGGGGCAAUGGAGGAAGAUGAGCGUCUGGAGCGCGGUCUGGAGAUGAGGAGGCAAAAAUAUAACAAUAAAGACAAAUGUGUCCUACAGUGAGAACGGCUUUUACUACUGCGACUCUGAAGUCCCGAAAGAUGAUUAUUUCUCCAUGUUUCCCUGUUUUUUUAGUGCCUUUAUUUUCCCAGAGAACUGUUAAAACCCAUUAUGAGGAAAGACAAGAUAUGGGCAGACAAACUGUGUUUUCUUUUAAAGUGUUUUCUUGAAAAUGAAUAUCUGUUGAUGUCAAAGUUUCAUUCUGUCUUAAGUAUUAUUUUGAUUCUGUUUGCAUAUUUUUAUUUAUUUAAAUAAUGUGUCAGAUUGUUGUUCAUCAUUUGCACAUGUGUUUUGUGUGUUUGAAUCCUGGCUUUUUUUUAUUAUUAUAAAGAAUAGGUUCCCUUCGUGAAGACAAGAGCUUGUCAGAAUCUGUUGGCUUAAAACCAAAAUGUGCCUUAUUCUUUCUGUUGUUUCUGGUGAUAUUUGUCUUACAUUUCUAUUUCACCCUGUCCACCCUGAAAGUGAAAAAUAUUUGGUUGUAACAUGCCAAGACAUAUUAGAUAUAAAAACAACACGUCAUGAGCUGGACUCAAACUCACAAUAUUAGGAGUGCAGGGUACAUGUUUUCAACUUAAGGAUGACCCCCAACAUCACAUUUUUAUAAACCCUAAAAGCCUUUCCACUAAUUGCAAUAUAGAUUUUUUUCUUCUUUUAGAUGUUACGUGUUGGAAGUGUUAAGGAGUUAUUAAAUCUUGUGUGCACACAGACCCUGAAUGCCUUAAAUCACCUAUAACGUGUAUGGAUGUGAUGUUCAUGCCUGCUGUUUCCUCACUUCUGUGUCCUUUGACUACUGUAUGCAUGCUGUUUGAGUUGUACUGAUAAAGUGGUACUCUGCUACACAUCACGACUGUAUACCUAUCACACACUGUAUACCUGAUGUUGCUGUCUAUAUUUAUGAGGUGAAGACAUGAUGAAUGAUAUUGAUAAAUAAGUUGAAGAUA